CUCCACUCUGUCUCAGUCAACAUGAGCCUGCUGGCCCCCCUCAAUCUGGAGAUCGACCCCGACCUGCAGGUCGCCCGCAUCCAUGAGAAGGACCAAAUCAAGGAGCUCAACAACCGCUUCGCCUCCUUCAUCGACAAGGUGCGUUUCCUGGAGCAGCAGAACAAGAUGUUAGAGACUAAGUUUGACCUGCUGCACGGUAAGCAGACGGGCCGCUCCAACAUCGAGCCGCUGUUCCAGGCCUACAUGGCCAACCUCCGCCACCAGAUGGACCUGGUGAACAACGACAAGACCAAGCUGGACGGAGAGCUGAGGAACAUGCAAGGUCUGGUGGAGGACUUCAAACACAAAUACGAAGACGAGAUCAACAAGAGACAAAAUAUGGAGAACGAAUUUGUGAAUCUGAAAAAGGAUGUGGACUCAGCACACAUGGUGGAGGCAGACCUGGGAGACAAGGUGGGAGCUCUGACUAAUGAGAUCAACUUCCUCAGGUUCAUCUAUGAAGAGGAGCUGCGUGAGCUGCAGGCCAGUAUCAGGGACACCUCUGUGGUGGUACAGAUAGACAACAGUCGUGACCUCAACAUGGACCAGAUAGUGGCUGACGUCAAGGCUCAGUACGAGGACAUCGCUGUUAAGAGCCGAGAGGAGGCUGAGAUGUGGUACAAGUCCAAGUUGGACCAGAUGGCCAUCCAAGCCACGCAGUAUGGAGACGAGCUGAGGAGCACCAAGGGAGAGACAGCCGAAAUCAACCGCUUGAUCGUCCGUGUGCAGAGUGAGAUAGAGGCUGUCAAACAACAGCGUGUCAACCUGGAGAACCAGAUAGCUGAUGCUGAGGGCCGUGGGGAGCUGGCUGUGAAGGAGGCCAAGUCCAAGAUCAGAGAUCUGGAGGAUGCUCUGCAGAGGGCCAAGCAAGACAUGGUCAAGCAGCUCAGAGAGUACCAGGACCUGAUGAACGUCAAGCUGGCCCUGGACAUAGAGAUAGCCACCUACAGAAAACUACUGGAGGGAGAGGAGAGCAGGAUUGGACAUCAAUCUAUUGUCAAUAUCCAGUCGGUGUCCAGCUACAGUAAGUAG